AUGCAUAUAUUUUUGGGAUUAAUUGCGAGUCUAGUGGUCGGCAUCGAGUCGUUUAUGGUGCCCAUGCCGUUCGUGAAAACUAAUCUCCCUUGGGUAUCGUUUACGCUGCCAGAGGACAAACAAUUGGACAUCAGUUCGGUUUUAUAUUACACCGAUUACGGAAAGGAUAAGUGCCCGGCCUACGUUUACAAAUCCAAUCCUAAUGUGAUACAUCCCUGGGAAAUUGAAGAACACCUAAAUUCAACCCUAAGGAUCUCGGCUGUUGUGCAGACCAAACAGAACGAAACCUUCGUCGAUACAUUUAGCCUAAGUUCCUUGGGAAGAAAGGUACAGACGGAGAGGGUGAUGUGUCUUCCUUCCACAGUUAAGAAACCUCGUGGAGAACUCAUAUUCUCCGAGAACUUCAAGGAUUCGAAUCUUAAUAAGUGGACCCAUGUGGUGCAAUCACAGGUUCCGGCCCCGCACUACGAGGGAGUGGCAUUCGUGAAUGACCGCGCUAAUUCGUUCGUCGAAAACAAUAGGUUGCACCUAAGGGUUACCAAGUCCAACUAUUCCAAAACCAAUCCGUUCCACCUAAAGGAUUGCACGUCCAAGUCGAAAAAAAAGCGAUGCGGAAGUACUAAGGAUUACAACAAAAUGUUCAAGUUUAUACCGCCUUUUGUUUCGGCCAAGCUGCGAUCGAAGGAAACUUUCUCGUACUGCAGAAUACAAAUAAUUGCCAAAAUGCCCAUUGGUGAUCUCCUUUUUCCAGGACUUACCCUGGCAUACGACGAUGGGAAUGAUAACGACGAUGGCGAUGACGCCAUUCGCAUUGCAAUUGUUAGGGGCAACCAGAGAUUGAGCGAUAUCGUUGGCAACGAGAUCGGAGGGUCCAGGGUCUUUGCCGGCGCCAUUUACAUCAGGGAUAUUUAUACGGAAAUUCACGAAGAGAUCAAAUAUAUCGAAACAAAAAAACACUUUGGAGAACGCUUUCACAUCUACACGGUUAUUUGGCACGAGAAGAAAAUUAUUUUUAAAGUAGAUGAUGAGACAAUUGCCACGAUCAGCGGGACAGUCGCCGAAGCGCUUAGUAAAAAUAAGCGCCAUAUCGAGCUGUUCGUAACGGUCGGUGGCGAGUAUAAUUUCCCACAUACUCGCGUCCCAUUCCAUAAGAAUCCCUAUUUGAAUACAAAAAAAAUGCUGAAGAAAGCUGUGGAACAGGCGCCGAAAUGGGAGAAUCCUGAGAUGGUGAUUAAAAGCAUCAAAGUGUACUCCACUGACGAAUCCGAAAUAUAAAUAUUACGUUUAAGCUCUAUGAAAUAGAUGUCUUAAUAUUAAAUUUAUUACUUACUGUGAAUUGUGUUAAAUUUGCUUUUACUUGGAAAAAUAACAAAAUCAAUGACCUAUCUUUAAAAAUAAAUAUACAUAUAAAAUAAACAGCUUUCUCUGCUUAAACAA